UUCCGGGUGCGGCGCGCUCUGAUGACGCCAGCGUGCCGCUGGCCCCGCCCCUGCUGACGCCAGACGUGAAGAUCGACGAACGGUGAACGGAACGCGGCGGCCCGCCCUCCUUGCGUCACUUCCGCUUCCUCCAGGCAGAGCGGGUAAUUCGAACGUUUAGGUUUCCGUCGGCCCUCCGGGUUGGCGCGAGGCCCGGCGGCGGCGGCGGCUGAGGCGGCGGCCGAGAUCGAGACCAAGGCUAACAUGUCCGAGAGGCGAACGAGGUCCGGAGGGUCCGCCCAGCGCUCUGGGCCCGGGGCCCCAUCUCCUACUAAGUCUCUGCGGAGGUCCCAGCGGAAAUCAGGCCCUGAUCUCCCAAGCACCCUCCCUGAAAUCUGGCCCAAGGCACCCCAUGCGGCUCCAGUCAGAAAGCCCAUCGUUUUGAAGAAGAUCGUAGCCCAACCUGUAGAGAUCCCGCCUGUCCACACACCUCGAAGGAGCACAAGGAUUGCUUUUUUCUUGGAGAAGGAAAACAACCCUCCUAGCAAGGAGCCUGCUAAGGAGGAUCUCUUCAAGGCAUGUAAUAUACCCGUCACCCCCACCACCACCCCGGUGCUGUACCCCCUGAAUGUUGAGUCCAACUUCAGGGAAGAAGAGCUGGACGCCAGAGACUUGGAAAUGUCUAAGAAGGUCAGGCGAUCCUACAGCCGGCUGGAGACCUUCGGCUCCGCCUCUACCUCCACCCCGGGCCGCCGGUCUUGCUUUGGUUUCGAGGGGCUGCUGGGGUCAGAAGACUUGGCCCGAGUCUCGCCUGUGAUGUCUUCCAAGUUAACCGAAGCCCCCAGGGUCCCUGUGAAGCCCUGGGCCCCAGAUACAACUCUCCCCGGGAUCUCCCCACCGGCUGUGAAAGAGAAGCGCAAGAAAAGAAAGGUGCCCGAGAUCCUGAAAUCGGAGCUGGAUGAAUGGGCUGCGGCCAUGAAUGCGGAGUUUGAAGCUGCUGAGCAGUUUGAUCUCCUGGUUGAAUGAGAUGUCGGGGUGGGGGGGUGUCCCUGGCCAUCCAGGGGAGCCUGUCCCCUCCCUGUGUACAUAGCUCCUCCUCCCCGUGGAGAAGACACUUGGGGUCCCCUCCCCUGGCCCUGUUCCCUGUACAUAGGCUGUGGCUAUGUGAGGCCUGCGUUCCUCAGAGGGCUGGUGCGGUGGCAACAGCCGUCUCAGGAGAUGGGGCUCUCUGGGCCUGGCCGCGCACCACUGUCCUGUGUCUGGUCCCUGCCUCCCAGCCGAGCCUCGCCACUUUCCAGCUGGGCUGCACACUGGGGAGUAGGAGUUGCUGGCACAGCCGGAGGAGGGGGAAGGGCUGGGGUUGCAGGUGAGCAGGGACCCGGGCCGUUGUUGGGGAACGCAGCUGCUCUGCACCAGCCCCGGCCCAGGCGAUCCCCCUGCCUUGUCUUCCGUCGGGGACCUGGUUCCCAGCCACCAGUCCAUCUAUGUAAAGAGGCUUGGGUUCCCUCUUAGUUUCUGUAGAUGGGCCAGGAGAGAAUUCGUGGGUUGGGGAGAGUUCUGUCUGUGAGAGGAAGACCCUGGACACUGUAGAAUUUUACAUUUUGAAGGAGGGAGGGGAAACCUUGGUUGGGUCUCAGACCAGAAGCGUUUGCUCGGAGAAGCUGUGUUUGAUCGCUCUGCUCUGCUGUUGGGAUGUUCGGUUAAACGCCAGGCGGGUGGGACACUGGCUGCCUGGGGCAAAGGGGGUGCGUUUCCGGGUGUGGCCGCCAGGUGCCGGAAGCUGAGGCCCGGGCCUCUGGACGGGACACCUGCACAGGGCCGG